AAUCACAGUCGUACAGCGCUACAAAACACAAAACAAUUUUAAUUAAAAAAUCAAACUAUUUACCCAAACACUAUUUAGUUUAUAAUAGCGUAAAAUUUGCGUGAAAUUCAAUCCUUAUCGCGUUUCAUUAAAAAAUAAUUCAACAAUAUGAGGGUUUAUAUUAUCAACGAUAAAAAUAAUUAGAAAUGCCAAAAUGGCGGGCCGGGCGCUGCAAAUUAAUUGUUUCUAAGAGAAAUCGCUGAAAAAUUCUUUAUCUCGCGGUAUUAACUUAAUAAACUAUCGGAGUUAAUUAAAGUGUAUUAUUUCGAAUGCGGAGGCAGCGGGCCCAAAACGAGCGAGCCCAAUCUGGGCCUUAAUUGAUUGGUAACCCGACCAAAAUGCGAUGCGGAACCUUCCCCGGCGCCGCCUCGCGCCGACUGACGCCUGCACCCGGCAGGCUUACACGCAAGCUCCCGGCUCCAACCGCCCAUCGCGAAAGCAUUCCAAAUUCAAACACAACCUCCCCGAUCUACCAAACCAAUGAAAACGCGCCGCUUCAAAUUUCAAAUGCAGCUCUACGCCCAUUGGAAAACGCCGACCAAUCGCUCGCGCGGCAUCCAUGUUCGUUAUUUUUUCCCUCGCCGGGCGUCGGGCGCGGUAGUCAUUCGGCCGCGCGCCGCGUUGGCGUUCGUAUCGCGCGUCACCAUGGAUUGUGCUCUGUGACAGUGCUAAGUGUUUGUGACUCGUGAAAGCAUGAUGCCUCUCGCACCGACCCCUGUGCUGGCGGUGCCGUCGAAGCCAAAGAUCGGUUUUAGUAUAGACAGUAUAGUGGGAGGCGGGCCGCCGAAGCACGCGUCGCCGCCGCUUGCGAGUCCGGGGUCCCCGUCGCCGGUGGCGUCUCCUAGGACGCCUAGGAGUCCGUCUCCUAGGCCUCUGCUGCGGCCUAGCGCAUUGCCAGCAGUGUUUCCGUCGCCGGAGUUGAAGAGGCUGCCUUAUUUAGAAGCGCAGAGUCAUCACCAGCAGUUCCUGGCGCACUUCCAGGGUGCAGCAUUGGCGGCUGCCCUCGCGCACCAGCAGCAAGGGUUCGGCGCGCCGCUACCCCCGCACCCGCCGCCGCACCCCUCGCCUGUACCUCGAGAGUCGUACCAGCUCUACCCCUGGCUUAUCAACAGACAUGGAAGGAUAUUUCCGCAUAGGUUUCCUGGGGGUCCAGACAUCCCCGGGUUCCUGCUCCAGCCGUUCCGCAAACCGAAACGCAUCAGAACAGCCUUUAGCCCCUCGCAACUCCUCAAGCUCGAGCAUGCCUUCGAGAAGAACCACUACGUAGUCGGAGCGGAGAGGAAACAGCUAGCACAAGCACUCAGCCUUACAGAGACUCAGGUGAAGGUGUGGUUCCAAAAUAGAAGAACGAAACAUAAACGUAUGCAGCAAGAGGAAGAGGCCAAAACGGGAACCAAAUCUGGUUCCUCGAGCAAACCAGACGAACAGUUCAACAACUCAUACGAAGACGAUGAGGAACUUAUCGAUAUGGACAUGGACGAACUAAGUGAGAGUGAAAACGAAACGUAGGAGUGACAUAGACAAUCGACUGUAAAUAUCUAUCGAUAGAUUCUAUUUAUUUAUUAUAGUUUUUGUAAAUAGCUUAGCGGUUAGUAAGUAUUUAUUACGGUAAUCGAAUCCAAUGAAUGUUUAUUAUAAGUGUAGAUUAAUUUUUAAAUUAACUAAUACAGCAAACAUUGGUGAAAAAAGUAGAAUAACGACUUCUAAACGCGCCCCAAAUGAAGUUCUAACAAUCAUCGUUGUCUCGAAACAUAAAUCAUCAUAAUAUAGCGUCCAUUAUAAUUAAAUGAAGGAAACCCAAAUUUUAAAACGGUUUCAAAACGCCUUGUUAGCCACGAGUUAUUACAUAACAUAAUUGGUCCCAUUAUAAUAGUUUUGGGACUAAAUUAAUUAAAAAUGCCUCUUUGAUGCGUGCUCCAGUGAUGUGGGUAUAAUUAGGAGGUUAGAUUUCGAGCGCUGAUACGUAUGUUUCUAAACGAAGGCUGUCAAUGAUAGAAAAGGAUAGUCUCGCUUCACAUAGGUCAGACCGAGAUAAAUAUAGUUAUGCGAUGACGUUUGAGAUUAGCGUUGGUCUGUGGGUCUAUUAUUAAGAGAUGCGUUCAGAAACAUAUCUUGGGCUCGAAUCGCGUUUCGUAAUUGCUCGCGACGCGCCCAAAUUGUUUUUAAACAGUUGACGAUUGUUCUCCACGGCUAUUUGUCUAUGGUCUGAUAAGAUCGGAUUGGCUCGUUAGGCUUUCACGCGUCGCACACCUGCUUUAAUUUUGAAUUUGGAAUCAGUUUGGAAUCGACAAUGUGUUAGGAAUUUAAAUUAAUUUGUUCCAAUUAAAGAUUGAAGCCUCGUUUGAGAUAGGUAGAGCGUUUUGGUUCUUGUACCUAAAACA